AGUAGUAUUUAUUUGGCGUUGGCGAUGACAUACCGUUAACUUUGCAGUUGUUGCGACUGACCUUUUCUUCGAUACCUGAGUCUGGACGUUACUAAAGCAACCCCAGCCAUCCAUCCAAUUUAAAAAGCCAACACGGAAAGCUCAGAACUACCACAUCGUCGCCUUCCUCUAAACGAUAAAUUUUUGGGAUUCUGAAACUAGUGAUAUGUUUUCUUGCAUGAAGGCUGCAUAGUGAGGAAUUCAGUUUGUGUAUUGGAAGCUCUAGUUCAACAUGUCUUCUGUAAGUAAGGGUGAUAAGAAGGCUUCCAUUGAUGCAGCAUCAUGGUUGUUCAAUGUGGUCACGUCUGUGGGAAUAAUUCUUGUCAAUAAGGCACUGAUGGCUACGUAUGGUUUUAGUUUUGCUACAACUUUAACUGGUCUGCAUUUUGCCACAACAACCUUGUUGACACUCAUUCUUAAAUCACUGGGAUAUAUCCAGACCUCUCAUCUUCCAGUAUCUGAUAUAAUCAAAUUUGUCUUAUUUGCAAAUUUCUCCAUUGUUGGGAUGAAUGUGAGUUUAAUGUGGAACUCUGUUGGUUUCUAUCAGAUUGCUAAGCUGAGCAUGAUUCCAGUAUCUUGCUUCCUGGAGGUUGUCUUGGACAAUGUACGAUAUUCAAGGGACACAAAGCUUAGUAUUGUUUUGGUUUUGCUCGGUGUUGCUGUCUGUACGGUCACUGAUGUCAGUGUCAAUGCAAAGGGUUUCAUAGCUGCCGUAAUAGCAGUCUGGAGCACAGCCCUGCAACAGUAUUACGUGCAUUUUCUUCAGAGGAAGUAUUCUAUUGGGUCAUUUAACUUGUUGGGUCACACUGCACCAGCACAGGCAGCAAGUUUGCUUCUAGUAGGCCCCUUUAUGGACUACUGGUUGACGGGCAAACGAGUUGAUGCCUACGGCUAUGGUUUGACAUCCACACUGUUUCUAGGAUCGAUGACUAUCCAAACAAAUCAACACGAGACUUUUCAGCAUACUUUGUCCUCACUCACAUGCUUUCCGAAAAACUUCCCAGAAGGCCAUCAAUCCCAUAAUUUCUCCAAGUCAAGCACGCUUAACUAUGAAGAGUUGUUCAUCAUUCUGUCUUGCACUAUCGCAGUAGGGACAAACCUCAGCCAGUUCAUCUGCAUUGGUAGGUUCACGGCUGUAACGUUCCAAGUCCUUGGUCACAUGAAGACUAUUCUGGUCCUGAUCUUAGGAUUCAUUUUCUUUGGAAAAGAGGGUCUCAAUCUACAUGUUGUUCUAGGCAUGAUCAUCGCAAUAGCAGGAAUGGUUUGGUAUGGCAAUGCUUCUUCUAAGCCAGGGGGGAAAGAGCGUCGUAGCUUUUCCCUCCCCAAAACACAAGAUUAUAGUUCACUACCUGUGUCCUCUGAACCAGAUACGAAGGAAUAGAAAAUAAUAGAGAUUCAUUAGAGAGAAAGUGCUGAAACUUCUGGUGAACUGCAUGGAAAAAUCAGAUGCCCAUUAGGCGAGCUGAUUCAUUUUCUUCACACCAGGAGUGAAUUCCCAAUUAUUUAUAGAUCAUAGUCAUAUCCUAUCUUGUGUGUUAAUGAAUUGUUUGGGAGAGAAAUGAGAGGAAACAGCGUUGUUAAGGGAUGGAAAAAUCUACGUUAUGUUCCAUUUUUUUAAGACAGAAAAUGUUACUGUUACUUUUAUAGUAAAAGUUUAAUUCCAUUUUUCCCAUCAGGGUUGGUUCCGAUGUUAACCAUGA